AUGAUCCACUACACACGUUGGGCGAAAACCCCCCCUAGGCAGAGCUAUAGCAAUAUCGGGCGACUAUUGAGCGGAUUCAGCCUUAUGAUGUUUGGAAUUCGUUAUAUGUUCGAGAUUCUAUGGUCUCUAAAACUGGAAGAACACCCGAUCCGCCUGCCAGGACGAUGCGUGGAUCGAAUGAGGGAAAAGGUGCUACAGGACCUAGCUAUUGCCACUCUGAAAGGAGCAGAAAAGCCACUUGUGAGCGGAGGUGAUACAUUCGUGAGCGAGGGUGAUGUGGUGGUUGCCUGGUGGGUAAGGACAAUGAUCAAAGCAUUGAAGCCUGCACCGGACCGGACGAUCAUGGUUAUGAACGUCUUUAAUGUGUGGAGUCUUUUCCCUGAAUGGUUCCCCCAUGGUGCCGCAGGCCUUAUUGGGAAUUCAUUCUUUUAUUCUUACACGCUGCUUGUUGCAAGCAAGGUUCUUCAAGAUAUCAACUUGAAGUAUGUGGCGUUCACGAACCGUAAGGCUCUAAUGGAACACAGAACCAAGGAGCAAGUUGAGGCCAUGACUGCCAUCCAGAGAGGGAAUUUUAUGAGAGCAGCGCCUGUGGUUGGGGAUUCAAAACUGCUCUUCAUGGCUGCUACUAACCACCACAAGGCCAGGUACUUUGAGACGGACUGGUCGGCGGCUGUCAUCUCUCCUGGUGUGCCCUUGAGUGGGAGGCCUCACGCUCUCGGUAGACCAUCAUAUAUUAACGAUAUUGAGUAUUGUCAUGGGUACCCGAGUCGUAAUAUUGUGAGAAUUAUUGGAAAAGAUGCUGUGGGUGAUUGGCAUCUUUUGUUCAAGGCUAGAGCCGGUGCAUGGCCGGUGAUCCAUCAAGAGUUAAUGGAUCUGAUCGAGACAGAGAUGCGGGAUUAA